AUGGCGAGUCACAUUGCUCCCCCCGCAUCUCCUCAAAGAUUGACCGUUCGCAUACUGUCGUUGGCGGAGAGCGGCAGCGUCUACAGCCUGCGACAGUUGUAUAGCUAUACGCAAGCAAGAGGACUCGGAGCCGACUUGAGGCCCAUCCAAAUCGCCCUCUCCCACCUUCGCCAAGACCUCAUUCCAGUCCAACGUUUCGAGGGCAACAUCGAGGACACCGACGACGACGACAACAACUCCACCACUUACGAGAAGAUAGAACGCGCCUUGAUCAGCCUCAAGCUUCUCUAUUCCCUUUGUGGCCUCACCAGCGCCUCCAACGAGAUCUCCCAAGAGGCCGUCGGAGCCCUUAUCAUCACCCGUUGGAAUAACAUCUUGGCCUGGGUCAGGUUUAUCGUGGGCGAGUGGUGCCCUGCAGAAGGACGUUCGUGUGAAGAUGCCUUGAACGCACUCCAGGUUUCCAUUGCUGCCUUCUCUGCAGUCUUUGAUCUAGGCGACCAAAUUCGCGAUCAAGCCCUGGCUAAUCCGGCGACCAUCGAAGUCAUCGCCUCGCUCUACGUAUGCCACGCCGACAACCAUUCCCACUAUCCAUUCCACUUCAUCGGUGAUACAGACAUUUCAAACGCCUGCAUCCUCGACCUUCUUUCCUCUGCCACAUCCACCCAGGAGUCAUUCGACAACUUCAACCGAGCGGUCAAUGGCCCCGACUUUCCCCAGCAGCUAUUUAUCCAUUUCACUCACCGGCGCUUGGAGGAGAUGUUCGACGAGGCGCUACUGGGACCAGACGACCCAUCGGUUCUUUUGCGCGCCUUUUCAUCGUCAUCUCAACUCCUUUCCCGUUUCCUCUCUCAUCCUCCUCUUCGCCGCCACAUUAUCGACCAGAAGAUUCUUCGAUCGUACAGUCGAGUUCUCGAUACCACAACACAACACUGUUUGAACUCCGAUGCGGAUUGGGAUAUUGUCCUUCGCGGUGCGGAGGACGUUUUUUCGGCAACUGUCACCUACGGCAUCGCCAUACGCAACUUGGAAGCCCUUUUAUCAGGCGAGUUCAUCAAGUUUCUCGUGUCGUGCAUCACACGCGACAAGCUCGAGGGCGAACAUGUUGAGAUGGAUGUGGACAUGGGUGGGGCUUUUGACAUCGAUGGGGAUGGGGGGACGGAGAUGUGGUGCUCAGACGAAGAAGACGAGGGUCAGGAGGAUGGUGAUACCGGUAGAGAUGAUGAGGCUGAGACUGAGAUGUGGGACUCCGAUGAAGAGGCUAUGGAGUUUGACGAGGGACUGGCCGCGGAUGAGCUCGACAACGACAACGACAACGACAACGACAACGACAAUGACAACGACAACGACAAUGACAACGAUAACGAUAACAACAACGACAACGACAAUGAAGAUUCACUUGCCCGCCGAGCUGCUAACAUCAUCGGCUCACUCGCCUCUUUUGCGGUUUAUACGCCCAUCUGCAAGCUAAUCGGACGUUCCCUCACCUUUCUCGACGUUGAAGACAUCGCAGCCAUCGCUUCCAAGGCCAAGGUGGUGCGCAGUCAAUGGCUUAAUAUGGUUGAGAAUACCGAAGGUGCGGCAAGACAGCUUCUGAGAGGUCGAUCCAUUGGCCUUGUAUGCGACAGUGUCGCACAUGCCCUCAGUAACCGAUCGGUCCGAUUUACGACAGGUGCGGUCAUUUGUGCCACAUGUGAAGCACAGGUGUACUGCUCCGAAGAGUGUAGGACAGAGGAUUGGGACGAAUUCCAUCGCAACGAAUGUCCACCUGUCGCUUCUCAAGCAGUAGGGGGUCCAAGGUUGUACUCCUCCAUGAAGGCGGAUCAGCUUGCGUUCUUGGAAGAUUUCUGCAACUCAAACCUGUCUGCACUUCGAUUCAUGAAGUCUGGCCUCCCGACUGACGGGGUUCGCCGUUUCCUGGGAGUUGACUUCGUAGAAACCUCGGUAGCCGUCCUCCACCUUCCCUCCGUUGCUCCUCCCCACGAUGGCAACAACGACUGGGCGCGUGCGCGCACUCUCGCGCUUUCGCAUGUAGCGCCCACGGACACUCGCCUUGUGCUCGCCAGAUUUGCCAUCGGGGUCCAAUAUGUGAUCGUUUUGGCGAGGUUCAAACCCGGUCAAGGUCGCUUCGUCGUCGCAGGAAGUGCCGUCAUGACCCCUCCAGGACAGAACUAG